AUGCCGUUCAAUGUUAUGCUCCAGUUGUGCAAAAUCACCAGAUCCAGUAAGCUAUUCCAACGUAAUUUUUAUCUACCUUUACUAAAACCGCUAUCACCAAAAGAUGCCUUACGGCGUCACAUCAUCACAGGAAAGAAUGUUCUUAGCAAGAUGGAGCAUUACAUACCCGUUCUGGAAGAAUAUCAAGCCAGAUUGGCGCGAAGGAAAUACACACCCAAAGGAAUGGGUAAAAAGCGACAGAGAAAGAAGGCUUCAAUGAAAUACGUCAUGCCCUUUCUAGACGAAGACAUGGAAGGGCAUUCCAGACUGCAAUCAAUGCUAAACAGGAAAUCUAAAGGUCGCGGUCAGUGCUAUACGUACUACAUACCUGAUAAAAACUGCACCUUAGUGCUAAGUCAUCAAUAUGAACGCGCAAUCAGAGACAAAGACAUUAUCGACAUCAUUAUAGCUCAACGAACAGAAAAAAUCGCUGUUGUACUAAAAGAUGGUUCCAAAGUAAGCGUACCAAUCGUCAGUUAUGAUGGUCGAUCUCCUUUCUACAGAGGCGAAGGCUGGACCAGGAAAGAAAUCGAAGAAACUCACCAUCACGGCAAAGAAACCAUGUCAGUAGCUCGAUUGUUUGAAGCCAAAGAAUCUGGCGUAGCAGAAUGGGAACUGGAGAUGAUGCGAAUGGCCUCCAAAAGGAAAAAGAAGCACAGAGGUGAAGGUACUGCGGAUUGGAAGACGAUGAUGGCAGCUCAAGCUGAAAAUAUUGAUUGGGAUAAGUUCGAAGAUGAUGCUAAACAGAUGGUCGAAGAACAGCAUGAUCCUGUCGAUGACGAACCCAUAGCCAUGGAAGUCGAUGACAUGGACAAAACUAAGAAUGUCGGUGAGAAAAUCAUGGCUGCAGGUAGCGCUAUAAUAGACCUAUUACCGAUGAUGCCUGAAAUACCUGAAAUAAUAAAAAUAAUCAAGGAUGAGGGCGAAAUGACUGAGAUAGCCAACGUGUCAGGGUUGAAACUCGAAUUGCAUUCUAGUAAAAAAGAAAGAUUCGUGCCAGGCCAAUUGGUCAAAUCCGAAGACGGCGAUAUAUUCGUGCCGGGUCAAACAAUAGUUUCCGAAGACGGCCAGGAAGAAUACACCCCUGGAUUUACCGUAAUGCUCGAGAACGAACCCACGCUCAUUCCAGGCUUGGUAAUGGGCGAUGAUCCAAACAAAGCUGUAUUCCUGCCAGGGGAAUCCACCAUUACGAAAUCGGGCGAGUUGCAAUUCACCGAAACCGAAGACGACUACAAAGUAGGAGAGGACCGUUUCCCCCCGCCCGAACCCGAACCCGAGCCUGAAGUGGAGGAGGUCGAAUUGGAGGAGGAGCAAAAUAGUGAGGACGAAGCGAUCGAAGCGCGACCGCCUCCGAAGCGAGAAAAGAAGGAGUUUGUCUACGAGCGGCCCAAGAGACAGUUCUCAGAAAAUAUGGGUCCUAAACGUCGCGAAAGAAAAGGUCCCAAGAUACCGAAAAAAUUAUCCGUAGCGAAUAUCGAAGAACAAACGGUUAACGCGAUUAAAAAAAGCCCUACCGAGCCAGUUCUGUUCGAUUUAUCCGCACCGCUGCUGGAAAAAGACUUGUUAUUACAACAAAAAGAACGCGUGGAAAAUUUCACCGAGAAGAAAGCCAAAGAAGAGGUCGUCAUUGAUAAGAAACGCAUGGAAAUUAGAAAAAAAUUACGUGAAAUGGCUGCCAAUAAACCACCGAAACCAAAGUAUGUUCCGCAAGAACCAGUAGAAAAGGGUGAAAAAUUGAAGGAGAUGGAAAAGAACAUCAGACGAGGCAAAUUCUUCGACGUUGACCAUAAAAAGUAUCUGACGAAGGAGAGAAAUCUGCCUUUCAAUUGGUUGGAGCCCCCAGAAUACCGUAACAUAUUUGACACGGUGGGGAUCAUGCGCCAUCGCAUUUGGAAAUCGGUUAUUUAA